CAUUCUUUUCUAAUCCGCAAUUCAUAAAAUUGUUGGCGGAUAAAAUUAAAGAUGAUGUGAUUAACUCGACAUCUACACAAAUGGAUGCAGUUGCAGGUACAAGCAAUGCAAGUGUCAUCUCGGAUACGACGUCGACUGAGGUCAUAAACAGGCCAAAACAACCUUUACCACCUUUUUCCAUACCGGUAAUAGACAUGGAUGAUAAGUUGAAAGGUCAUGGUAAUUUCCGUUCAUGGAAGCAACGCAUUGAACGGGACAUAGUGGCGUUAGGUAGGUCCGAUUUUUUGCAGUAUCCUCUGGGUGGUGAAAAAUGUACAUUCUCUAAUGAGGAAAAAAGAAUGUAUGAUGCACAGGUGAGGCAAUACCUAGAAGCCACCAUACAAAAUGCGCCUCGUCAACUCAUUUCCAAUGAGUCUACUGCAGCAGAUGCUUUCCACAAAUUGGAAAAUAUGUUUGGGAAAAAUGACGUGCAAAAAAUGGUAGAUCUUUUGGACAAUUUCGGAAAAAUAGUGUUGCACCCAAAGAUGAAUCCAAUGACGUUUGUGACGAAAUUUGAAGAUGCAGUUCAACAAUUUCGGGAGCUUGGUGUACCUCUGGAUCAAAAGAUUAUUGUUGCAUAUUUUCUCCAUAAGGUACGUCAUGUACGUCCAUUUAUGGGAUUUUACACAACAAUAGCCACUUUACCAGAGGAAACAAGGCCUUAUGAAUUUGUAAGAAACGCAUUUCUAGACGUUGCAAGUAGUAGUUACUCUUUAGAAAUGGAAAAUAGUAAGUAUAUUUAUGACGAUAUAAGUGAUAAUGUUUGUUCUGAUUGCACAGCUGAUUAUGAUUCAAGUUAUAGGUCUGAAUGUAGUGAUAUUAUCACUAUAUGCUCAAUUUGUUUGGAUUCUCCUCUGGAGAAUGACUCUAAUGAUUCAUUUGUUUCAGUCUUUUGUUCACAAUGUGGCAAAAGCAGUUCUAAUUUUUGUGAUUUUUGUACAGGAAACAAAAUGGAAAGAAAUACUGGUGAACCACCUAAGAAAAAGGAAAGGUUCUCAGCAUCUUCCACAAAAAUAUUCCCAAAAAAUAAAAGCAUUUUUCCUUACACAAAUGAGCAGGUAGAGAAAAUGAAAAAGAUGACACCUGAAGAAAAGAGAUCUAGUAGAUGUACUAAAUGUGGGCUUCUAUUUCAUAAAGCCGCAGAAUGCAAAAAUGAUGGUCGUUUUUGUUUCUUCUGUCACAGAAAAGGCCAUGAUAAGAAAGACUGUAAGAAACUACAAACCUUGAAAUCAAAAAGUUGAGACGUAAACUCACUCUUCUGUAUGUGUCUGAUGGAGUAUACAGAUUGGCUGUUCAGAUUUCUACAGAAAAUCGUCAACAAUCCAUUCCAGUCAGUGAUAUACCUUGCACAACCAGUCCAGUUAUUACUGAUAAAUCGUCACAUACUCUUUGUAAAAUAAAGUAUACUAAACUCAAA